UGCUGCUGUGGUCUAUUUGAAGGCGGUUGUCAGGGCUUGGGGAUGUGAGAGGAGCGACGCCGAUCCUGACCCACCGACCCGUGGAAGCGGCCCUGCGAGCGGUCGGCGUGAGGCAGUGAGGAAAAGCUUCGACCCAAGAGCCGCCGGAAAGAAGUUGCAUCACUGAAGAUCUCUCAAUGUUGCAUAUUGCAUGGAAAAGUACAUUAAACAAAUAAAGUCAACUGCUUUUCAUCAUACUUAGCUGUGCUCAGAAAUGGCCACUGGGAAACUAGAGAAAAGCAUCCAAACAUAAAUAGAGUUUGGAGAGAAGACAUGUUGGCACAGUGUGAUUUAGCUUGGCACAACACUUGCUUUUCUGAUCCUAGUGUACUUAAUUAUGGAAGUUGUUUGGAGGACUGUAACAUGGAUAUUAUGCCUCAUGAUGACUCCCUCAGCUCUACAGAGUCACACAGUUCACUCAAUGAAUUCGCAAGAAGAGUUCCUGUCAACUCUCGAGCACUAUGAAAUAGCAAUUCCAGUCCGAGUAGACCACAAUGGAGACUUCCUAAGCUAUAAUGUAAAAGGUAGCCAUGAACUGCGAUCAAAAAGAAGCUUUCCUGCGUUUCAACAUGAGCCAGUUGAGCAGCAAGUUUUUUAUAAAGUAUCUUCACAUGGAUUGCACUUUCUUUUAAACUUGACUUUACACGUUAAUCUUGUAUCAGAUUAUUUUACUGUAGAAUAUUGGAAAAGAGAUGGCAUAGAAUGGAGACAUGAUUAUAUGGAUGAAUGUCAUUAUUUGGGACAUUUAAGUGAUCUCCAGGGAGUCACAAAAGUUGCCUUGAGUAACUGUAAUGGAUUGCAUGGUGUAAUAGUUGAGGAUGAAGAAGAAUACUUCAUAGAGCCCCUCACCACUGUUAAAAUGGAUGAAUUCAAUUACACUGAAGGAAGCCCCCAUGUAGUUUAUAAACGAUCUUCUCUCCGAAAUCAAUAUCGCCAUAUUGAUUCAACAUGUGGAGUUUCAGAUGAGAAGCCAGGCAAAGGAAGAUCUUCAUGGCUGAGGAAUUUACAAACUUCAUCAAUUACCCUUUCACCUAAUAAGACUCUGCGAAAUCAACUGCAGUUGAAAAGAUCUGUCAGUCAAGAACAUUAUGUAGAGACUCUAGUAGUAGCAGAUAAGAUGAUGGUUGGAUACCAUGGACGGAGAGACAUUGAGCAGUAUAUUCUUUCUGUUAUGAAUAUUGUUGCCAAACUUUUGCAAGACUCGAGUAUAGGAAACAUUGUAAAUAUGGUUGUAACUCGACUCAUCUUACUUACUGAUGACCAGCCAAACUUGGAAAUAAAUCAUCAUGCUGGUAAAUCACUAGAUAGUUUUUGUAAGUGGCAGAAAUCUAUUCUUUCCCACAACGGUAAUGGAAAUGCCAUCCCUGACAACGGAAUUCCUCACCAUGAUAAUGCUGUACUUCUCACCAGGUAUGAUAUUUGCAUCUAUAAGAACAAACCAUGUGGAACUCUAGGUCUAGCUCCUGUGGGUGGCAUGUGUGAACCAGAAAGGAGUUGCAGUAUCAAUGAGGAUAUAGGCCUGGCAACAUCAUUUACUAUCGCUCAUGAAAUUGGUCACAAUUUUGGAAUGAAUCAUGAUGGAGUUGGAAACUCCUGUGGUCCAAGAGGUCAGGAAGCAGCAAAGUUGAUGGCUGCUCAUAUCACAGUGAAAACUAAUCCUUUCAUCUGGUCAACAUGCAGCAGGGAUUACAUCACCAGCUUCUUGGAUUCAGGACAUGGUCGAUGUCUCAUCAAUACACCCCCAAAACAGGAGUUCUUCUACCCGACUCUGGCCCCAGGACAGGUGUAUGAUGCAGAUGAGCAAUGCCGUUUCCAAUAUGGAGUCAAAUCACGCCAGUGUAAAUAUGGGGAGGUAUGCAGUGAGUUAUGGUGUCUUAGUAAAAGCAAUCGUUGUAUUACCAAUAGCAUUCCAGCUGCUGAGGGAACCGUGUGCCAAUCCAAUACCAUUGAUAAAGGGUGGUGCUACAAAAGAGACUGUGUCCCGUUUGGCAGUAGACCAGAAGGAGUAGAUGGGGCUUGGGGACCCUGGUCAGCAUGGGGAGAAUGCAGCAGGACCUGUGGAGGUGGAGUUUCAUAUUCCGGCAGGCAGUGUGACAGUCCAAGACCAACAGUUGGUGGACGUUACUGUCUUGGAGAGAGGAAGCGCUUUCGAUCAUGUAAUAUCGAUGACUGUCCACCAGGGUCUCAAGACUUCAGAGAAACACAAUGCACAGAAUUUAAUAACAUUGCAUUUCGUGGGAAGUUUUAUACCUGGAAACCGUACAUUGGAGGUGGUGUGAAGUCCUGUGCUUUGAACUGCCUUGCUGUAGGCUUCAAUUUCUACACUGAGCAUACUGCAGCUGUGGUGGAUGGUACCUUGUGUCGACCAAACUCUCUCGAUAUAUGCGUCAAUGGGGAAUGUAAGCAUGUGGGUUGUGAUCAUACACUAGGUUCAGAUGUAAGAGAAGAUCGCUGUCGUGUCUGUGGUGGCGACGGGAGCACAUGUGAAACCAUAGAAGGGAUUUUUAAUGGAUCGAAUCCUCAUGGAAGUUAUGUGGAAAUUAUCCAUAUUCCCAGGGGGUCAGUACAUAUUGAAAUUAAAGAACUAAAUAUAUCUCAGAAUUACCUUGCACUGAAGUCCGAUGGUGAAGAAUACUUUGUAAAUGGUGGCUGGUCCAUUGAUACACCACAACAGUUUGAUAUUGCUGGGACUAUUUUCCACUAUAUGAGAUCAGAUGAUGAGCCAGAGUGUUUGGAAGCAUUGGGACCUACCAAUGCAAGUCUUUUUCUUAUGGUGCUGGUACAAGAGGAAAAUCAGGGUAUUCAUUACAAAUUUAAUGCGCCCAUUACACGCACAAACGCUGGUGACUCGCUGACAAACUAUGCAUGGCGCUAUUUUCCAUGGUCCAAGUGUACUGCAAUCUGCGCAGGAGGUGUACACGAACAGCCCGUUGUGUGCAAGAAACUGGAUGAUAAUUCUGUUGUUUCUACUCAUCACUGUAACAGUGAAAACAAGCUUCCAGAAAAACAACGUGCUUGCAACACAGAACCAUGUACAUCAGUGUGGAUUAUAGGUGACUGGUCUGAGUGCAGUAGGUCCUGUAAUGGUGGACUUCGUACUCGAGAUGUGGUGUGUGUCCAAAAGGUCACUGCCUCUGAGGAAAAAGUACUGGAUGAUAGUUAUUGUACAAAAGUCCGCCCCAUAAUAAAGGAAAGUUGCAAUAACCAUACCUGUCCACCAGAAUGGGUUCCUCUCGAUUGGUCUGAGUGUACACCAAGUUGUGGAAUAGGUUUCCGGCACCGUAUUGUACUUUGCAAGAGCAGUGAUUAUUCUGUGACAUAUCCAGCUUCACGUUGCCCUGUGAACUCCAAACCUCCCAUCCGAAUGCGAUGUACUUUACAGCGAUGUCCACCACCUCGUUGGGUAGCAGGAGAAUGGAGCCCGUGUUCGAUCCAGUGUGGUCUGGGUCAGCAGAUGCGGACUGUUCAGUGCUUGUCACACAUUGGCCAGCCAUCAAUGGAAUGUCCAGAGUCCUUUAAGCCUGCAGCCAUGCAACAGUGUGAAAGCAGAUGUGAAGCUCUUCCAACUGAGAAUCCAGAAGAAUGCAAGGAUGUGAAUAAAGUGGCUUAUUGCCCACUGGUGCUAAAAUUUAAAUUUUGUGUUAGGCCUUACUUCAGGCAAAUGUGUUGUAAAACUUGCCAAGGACAUUGAUCUUCAGGAACCGCUUCAAAUGAACAAAGUGUUUUACCAAGCAGUAUGGACCAAAUUAUGAAACUUUGUAUUCAUUAAAAAGGAGAGGAAAAAAAGUUAACCAGCUAAUGAUGUGAACCAAGAAACCAAAUGCAUCAUCGUAAGUCUGACCUAUAACACUCCUUAUAGGUUUGUCGUACAACAGCCAACUGUGACCAUGAUUUAUUUACAGCUAGGUUUAUGGACCUAAUGUUCCAGUCCUAAUGUUGCCUUCAAACAGCAUCACUGUGGACUAAUGCACAAAGCUACAAACUAUGCUAUCACCCAUUUCCUUUGUGAUGUUGUUCGGCUUUUUUUUAAACAAUUUCAUCGUCUGAACAAGAGCUGAUUGCUCAAAAAAAAUCGUGCCUCCGUUUUUUGAUUGACAACAUACCUACCGUAUAUAAUGAGAGUGCUGCAUAGCUAUUAACUUGUUCACAAAAAUAAUAUUUAUCAAAUUUUGUAACAGUGUUUCAGUAAUGGACUUUGUGAAAGGCAUACAUGACCUCCAUUCUUUAUCCAUAGUAGUGCUAUUUACUACAAAGAUUUGCCUAACAGCUACAGCAUUAUAAUCCCUGUGGGCCUUGGGUGCCAUCCAGUUGCUUUCUGUGCUCUUUAUGUUUUCUAGUGUUUCCACCAAUGAAUGAAGCUAACUUCAGUGUGGGACUGUUAAUCUAGACAGUGGUAAUUUUUAUUCUGGGUUGCACUACUGAAAUAGUCAUUAAUAAAACAUCUAAUAGAACUAGCACAAUGUAAAUCAAUAUCAAUAGACUGAAAAAAAAUGACUGUGAAGUCCAAGCUGCUCACAGAUGUUUCUGUUUAUUAGUUCAAAUUGCUAUAUAUUUAUGGAUUCUUAAAUGUUGUUCACAAAUUAUGGAGUCACUGAAUGAUUACAUCUGGUGUUAUACUGACUGGACAGAAAGAUUGUCACAUGAGCAACUUUGCAACUAACCAGCUGCUGAAGUAGGAUCUUAUUCAUUAUUGCCUCUGUUAACAUCUCAGAGAAGAUUGAGAUUAAAAUGAAAAUAGUUUAAAGUAGAAAUAGUGUUUUCCUUAGCAAUGAUUCUCAAAAGAUUGUUAUUUGCAAAAUUGCACUGCCUAUCAAUUUUUAUACAAAUUUCCAACUUCUUUAUCAUCCUACAUUGGAUAUAAUGUGAGACAUUUCUAAUUGGCUGUGGAGAAGAAGGUCUGCUGUUCCAUGUCCACCUCACAUACUAUCCCAAUGAAACAUGGUUGACUCAUAAUUGCCAUCAGAAAUUGCCCUGUGAGUCAGUUAGUUACAUCAAGAAUCAGUAUCUCAAGAUGAAUAUCGUCAUGACAAGGAGUGUAACAGUUCAAAACGAUGCCACAUUGCCAGCAUUCCAGCUUUGGUCGGCAAUGAGAUUAGUUCAUUGGUGAUGUGAAUGAAGCAACCAUCUCUGAUGGAGAAUUAUAACAUUCGCAAUAUAUACCAGUAGUCUCGAGUCUUUGUCAAAACAGAAUUCAAUUCCUGCUGUGCACUAUUCAAUGCAAUCUUCAUUACAAAAUCCAAGGUUGAAGUCAUCAAUGGUGUAAAAAAUUGUAGACCAGGACAGACCUUCUGCACCUAGUGCCACCUCCGUUUCAAAUAUAGAGGUAUCGGAUACUUGCCAUUCACAGACGUUUCCAGGUUCUUGAUAGUGCAAAGCAGUAGGUGGGCACCAACCCGUCAGUCCACUUUCCACGAAAAUCGGCUUGUUCGGCCCCUUUCAGGGCACAACCCCGCCAUCUGUUGGGUGAUGUAGGCCCAGCAUCUUCUGCACUUCUGUAUAGGUGACUUGUUUGCAUGCCAGAUCUGAGCGAACCAUAUUCACAGUCUGUAUAAACUGCUGGACAUAGCUUGGUUCCAUUAACAUUGACUACAUUGCAAUCUCCAAUCAAUGACUCUGUAAAUAUAAGUUCUUUCCCUGUAUUUCCACCCUUGUGAUAUGGGCAUCAUCGCAACACCAGCUAUUUAUUUCCUUUCCCUGUUGUCUGUGAGGAAGUAAUGGUGGGCUAUAGCCCAGUACUGCUGCAGGUGUUUUGCAAUGCUCUUGGAUGUUCCAGGAUGUUCACCAAUAAAUUAUGCCAAAGUCAGGAUGGUCCAUGUUGAGGAGGGGAAGUUGGAGAUGAUGCUGUAUUCAAGCAGAUUCAUAAUCAUGAUUGUGGGACAGGGAGAUGAGAGGUAAGUUGAGGGUGGAUGGUACAGAGUGCAGCGGGGCAGUGGUUAGGUUUGUCAGAGGUGAUGGAACUGGGAGGGAUAGUGGGGCAGUGGAUUCCUCACAGGCCUGGAAGGCCAGUCCAAUGAUUCAUGCUUAAUUUCUGCAAUAUGAUGAUGCACGUUGCACCAGCUACUGGAGAUGAUGUGUGUUGAUGAUGGUGGCUGACCAAAUACAUAACUGUUCCUCGCAUCAAGGAUUUUGUAUGUUCUUCUGCAUCUGGUUUCCCUGUCAAAGGAAGGAUAUAUUCACAAUAGAGGCUGCCACAGCGAUUCACCAAAUUGAUUCCUGGGGAGGGGGAGGGGGUAUAUGCAGUGGUGGUGGUGGUUGUCUUAUGAUUAAAUAUAAUAUGAUAAUUAUGAUAAAACUGGGUCUACACUCCCUGGAGUUUUGAAGAGUGGGAGAUGCUCAAUUAAAACAAAAAACACCCCUACUGGGCUCAGGAGGGUAGACAUAGAACUGAUGUUUUCCUUAACAGAAGUUUCAAGAACCAAGGAGUCAAAAUUUCAAUGAAAAGUUAGCUAUUCUAGACCAAGAUGAAAACAAUUUGAAGGGGAGAGGGGAAAUAUUUGGAAUUCUCUGCCCAGAAGGGGUGUGCAGGCUCGGAUACUGAGUAUAUUCAGGUAAGAGCCUGGUAGAUUUUUAGAUGUUAAAGUAAUCAAGGGAUGUGGAAUUAGUGCUGAAAGUGGCACACACAUUAACGAUCUUAAGGGGCAGAUGCUGCUGUUAUUUCUGAUGUCAUUGUGCAGCUAAUUAGACAAAUGGAGAUUAUUUUUGAUUGCGUCUUGUGAGUGACGAUGUUUUGGUAGUUCAAGAAGUGAGACAAAAUACCUGUCCCGUUUCAGCAACCAGAGUAUUUAUGUGGCUGAUGCAGUUGUAUUUCUAGUAUUCAAGGUGAUGGAGAGGUGGCUGUGCUUGCCUCUAAUUCCUAAUUUUUCUAGGUUCCCAUGAAUGCGUGCAAAACGUUCUAAGAAAUCCUGGCCCCAUUGCAUGCCGUUUAAAUUCAGAACAUGACUGAUUUUAUUCUGGCCUGUCAAGUGAUGUAUGGGACGAAUUUCCUUUGCAUCUAAUGUUUUCAUUAUUUGGCCAUGAUUGAAGUCUUUUCUGAAUCCAUGUUUCAACCCAAACUGAACCCAAACUUGCUUCUGCAACAUGUUAUCAAUCAUUUGAGUCAUUUCUCAGUGAAAACAUGACAGUGAUCAUUGCCCCUGCUGACAAGGAGUAACUCUCUGUUCAGUCAGUGGCACAAUAACUAAUCUGCCUUCUAGGUGUAAUUGAUUUGUACCUAGUCUUGCUGCACUGGUGAAAGGGACAAAUAUUAUGUAACCCGGUGAGCAUGUUUACAAUUAUAUACACUAUGGUUUACAUACAGUUGAUUUCAGUCUUCCACACUCAGAAUUGUAUCAGCAGUUGCAUUCACUGUAUGCCAGAAUGUCUGAUACAACAGAGAUUUUAUUUUGAGGUGAACUCCUAGGCUGAUCUAUUUUAAUUAGAGUGGGCUUGUAUGAUUCAAUUUGGUAACAAGUUGUAGUUUUACCUGUGUGGAGAUGGCAGCUUAUCUGUGGUAAUUGUGGCUAUGGUCAAUGGCCUCAUCAUCCCUGGAUGAAGGGAGCAGUAUAAUAUUCAGUUACAUCUUCCAGUUGCAUCAAUGAAUGUUGUCUAAGGAUGGAAAUGUGCUUAGCUACAAUGGUUUUCAAGACUGCAAAACCUGCUGACAUUCGCUGUGCUUACCAGUGAGCCACUGAACCCCAGGGAAUAAUAUCCCUGAAAACGUUUAAGGGUCAUGAAAAAUUAGAACAAAAGCCGAAAACAAAAGUUAUGCAAAUAUAGACACAAAAAGCUGGAGUAACUCAACGUGUCAGACAGCAUCUCUGGAGAAAAGGUAUAAGUGACAGUUCAGGUCAAAACCCGAGUUUUGGCAGGUAAAACACAAAGUUUAACUUUGGUACUAACUUCUACUGCACUCACUUCCCAAUAUUCCAUCUUAAUUACUUCUUUCGUUAGAAAGGAAACAUGGCAAAUGGUUGGUCUUAUUAAAUUUGCAUUUGCAGUCAAAGUCAAAGAUUAAUUUCUACUCUAGCAUCUUUAAUUUCUGUAAUUCUUUAAAUUAUAGCAUAAAUGAAAUAACAAUAACUACAUUUAAAAAGAAUAAAAAUGCAUUAAAUUUCACAUACAGGAUCAGUUUAAACAUUGCACAAUAUGCUUCUCAGACCAUAAGAGAGGCUUGUACCACUGUAAUAACAAGCCAUUGUAACAAACAACAUAUUCCAUUAAAUAAUGCAGGAUAAACUUCAAUUACCUCUUGGAUUUCUCAGAUGUGCUUUGGUCUGUCAUUUUCAUAAUGUUUUAAUGAAAAAAUGACAGUAUUCAUACAUA